CCGACUCCUGGCGUCUCCCCUGCUCUGGACGGCUCGAGUCCACGUUUGCGCCAGAUCCCCUGUCUCUGCAACGACGGACUCACCUGGGUUGCGCAGGCCGCUAGGUCAAAUACGACCAGAGAAUUACCAAAGAUCCCUCGACACGCAGAGUUAGCAGCGGUGAUAAGACCAGCUCAGUAUGGAGACGGACGACUCAACUUCCCACGACGGCUCGAGUAGUGCUCACGACUCCACGUCCCGGCCAAGUAAUGAGGCCGCCACACCAGCGGCCAAGGCGGCUUCAAUCAAGUCCUCGGGAGUAUCAGUGACUCGAGCCAAGAUGAACUAUGCGUGUGAGGCAUGCCGCUUGGCCAAGGUCAAGUGCCAGCCCGGCCCGGCAGAGAGCGGGAUCUGCAAGAGAUGCUCAGAGUUCAAACGAGAAUGCGUGUUCCGCACGGGACCACGGACGAGGAGGUCAAAGUACUCGCAGGCCGCGUCAACAACACCACUGCCGCCACCUCCAGGGCCAAGCAAGACGUUCAGUAUCAACUUUGACAUGCCGGCCGAGGAGAAGCCAGACUCCGAGUUUGACCUGCUCCGGGAGAUCCACGAGAGGUCCAUGUCGAAUCUGUACGACUCUGAUGAUGAUCUCCCACAAGACGGCUUCGAUGGCACCCAGGGCCCACUGGCAGCACCGCAGCAACAGACAGCGAGUUCGGCGGCAACUUUCAGCUUCAACGACAUGUCGACGAAACCCAAACGCGCGGCAACGAGAUCCCCUGCCGGCUCUUCACUGCAAGAAGACGGCGGGCUUCCCACGUCAACGACAGCGACACCGCCGGCCGCCAAGGUGCAGUCCGUGGGCAGCCUCGCGAUCAAACCUCAGUUCAAUCUUGAGUCGGCUACCAACCUGCUAGAGUGCUUCCGUGGCAUGCUCGUGCAGUGCCCCGUGUUUGUGCUGCCGGCAGAAGCUAAUGUCCGGUCUAUGGCAAGAGAGUAUCCCUUUGUCUUGCUCGCCAUCCUGGCUGUGACGAGUUGCACUACGAGUCUGCAAGGGUACAGUCUGUACGACGAAGAGUUCCGCAAAGUGCUGGGUCUAAAGUUUGUUGCUGGUGGUGAGCGAUCACUUGAGUUGUUACAGGGUUUGCUUAUAUAUUGUGCAUGGUACCCGUUUCAUCUGCGACCCAAGAACAAACAUGGUAUACAAUAUCUCCGCAUGGCGGUCGACAUCGUCCGUGAUCUCGAGUUGGAUCAAGAGGAGGGCAUGCAAAUUCCUGCUGAAGACAAGCUGGCAAGCAUUCGGGCGUUCCUUGGUUGUACAUAUCUGGAUUCCAUUUCAUCCACUGCCUGGUUUAAGCCACCCGCAUAUGGCGCGUCUCCCUGGUUGACAAAAUGCUGCAAUAUCCUUGAGCAGAGCAGCGACAUAUAUCAAGAUCAUAUAUUGGUCUGGCUGGCGCGGCUACAACAAGUUAACAACGAGGUCUUCACGCAAUUUUGCUUUCGGCACAAGUGGACGACUCAAGACAACUACCAGCGCGAGCUGAUGCGUCUCGGCCUGGUUUCACGCCUAAGAGAGCUACAGAGCACCAUUCCGGCUCAAUACUCUACUGCGACGAGCAUUGUCAUCUGCUCGCUGUUUUCGGACAUAUAUGUAGUGGCUGGAAUAAUCAUGCGGGCACCUAGACCUUCCUUCAAACCCGGCACCGAUCAGCCCAUUGCAAGCCAGGAGCUUCUCAACGCCACUCACACCAUCCGAACAUUUCUCGACUUCAUUGUCGGGAUGACGAGCCAGGAACUCUCCACACUCAGCGCCGGCGAUCUCAGCCGCAUCAUUCUUGUCUUUGCUGUUGCGUUCCGUGUCUCGUUUCCCAUGCCCAAGGUGUGUCCAGGUCUGGACUACCUUCGCGCAAGGGAGAUUCUCAAUUUCGAUCACUAUCUAGAGAAAUUGUCCAUAGACCCGGACGAGCGCGGGAUCGGCAAGGACUGCCCGGCACCCAGUAAGAAAGGCCAGAACACAAGCAGCACGAAGAGCAAAACAGAUGUCGCGACGGCAUUGCGCGUGGUCAUAGCAAGUCUGCGGAAAACGUAUGCGCUGAGAAUAGCGACUUCUGACGCCGCCGUGGCUGCGCGGCGCGCCGCAAGCGUUCGAAGCUGCCCCAUGAUUGAUGGCAGCCUGGACGACUACAUUGCGACCUGGGGAGGCGGACAAGACCAGCAAUACCAUAGCCGAUACUAUCAGGUCCCGCGUCCACAGCAGCAGUAUUCCCAUCAGUUCCAAGGAGGAGCCCUGAGCGGCGACUUUUUCGGCUUCGAGCCGGCCACUACGACGAUGACGACGCCGACCACAAGCUCGUCGCUGUCAUCAGGGUAUGCCACGUCGCACAGCAACCACAGCUCCAUGAUUGGCGGUGUGUCAGUAGCGGGACCGACCUCGGACACGUCAGGGUCCUCAGCUGUCCUCGCGAAUGCCAAUCCCUGUGGCGGCUCGGCAGUACUAUCAAGCGCUACGAGCUUACAGCAGGAGCAGGAGCAGGGGCAGCAGCCACAGGAACAACAACAACACCAACAGCAGCAACAGCAAGCGAAGGGCACCGCGCCGGGCCCGGUAGUCUUUCAUGAUCUCUGGGACGCCAUGACGAUAGGUUGGACGGACAAUAACAUGGUCGAUGUGGUCGGUGUCCUCGACCAGUCACUCGAGCCACAGCUACAGCAACAGCAAUAGAGCCAGUACAUGUCAGUACGCUGGUCUGUGCCUGCUCAGACAAACAACCAGAUUGCGCCACGCCAUAGGCGAACCAAAGAUGUUCUGGUGCCCCGUGGCAAAGGAUGACUCAAGAAGCGGGGACGUGGAAGUACAGAGGCAGAAGGAGGAGCAGGGAGUAGUGUGCGCGAUAGUGCGUUCAUAACAACGAACAUAUAUCCUCUUUUGCAGG